AUGAAGCAUUUGAAGAGACAAGGGUCGAGGAGUGAGUAUGACGCGGAUAAAGAACAAGCAGCUUGCGCGGAAACUGUAUCGCUCACUGAACGAAUGAAAAACUUGGAGCUUACCGAAUCUGCCAUGAGAAAGCUCGCCAAUGCAAAGAAGAGAUUCGAACGAGCUCGUGAAAUGGCAACAGAUGCCUUUUCUAAUGAAGCACUAUCACCACAUGACCGCAUCUUGGCAAUGCAGUACCGAGUGAUGGCAACAGUAUUAGAAACAAUAGACCAUCCCGCGGAUGCUGUAGCACCAUGUAAAGUGUGUAUUGAGGAGCUAAACGGUCUGCCAGUGGUUCAGCAAAGUCUUCAACAAAAGCUCAGGAAAGGAAUCAGGGCAGUGAAGAGAUUAUUUAACAAAGAAGAACGACGGAGAGUUAUUUCCGAUGUCUGUCUUAUCAAUCGUGUCGCCUACAAUGUCACACAAACAGUAUCCAUUAAAGAACCAUUGCCACAAUGGCCCAUGAUUAAUACAGGAAAGGAGAAAGUUAAUCUGCUGCGAGACUGGAGAGUAACAAAAAUACUUUGUAAACGAGGUAUGGAGAACUGUAGCUUAUCAUGGAAUCUUGGUCAUGAUGGCUUAGAGGAGCACGGGUUAAAUAAUCCGAGUAGUAUUGCUACCAACUCAGGCGGGCAAUAUAUUGUAGCAGACCUUGACAAGACGAUCAAGGUGUUUGAAAAGAGUGGCAAGUUUGUGCAACGUUUCAAAAUUCCUCCUCUUAUUGAUGACAGCGGUAAAGAGCUAUCGAUUAAAACCAUGGCGGUUCAGCUAGCCACGGACAUGAAUGACAACAUUUAUGUCCUGAUCCAAGAAAAGUCGAGAACGCAGACUGGAUUUUUAAGUUUAACAAGACCGCUGACCAGCAUCACAAGUUUCGUAUCAGUUCAAAGGGCGACGACUUAG